GCGGCGCGAAGAGAUCUCAUGGAUGAUCGAGGACCUGGACGCCAUCGAGCCGGCGCCGCUUGAAUCACAGAGAACGCCGACGAAGCUCUGCAGCUGCGAGGAAGUCGACGUAGCCGGCAGAGCCGGUAGAGAGCGCGGUGACCUCCGGAAGAUUCGCAGCGAGGUGAGAUGGGCCACCAGCAGCUUCCUGUCGCCCGACGACGCAAUCUGGGACCUGAGGAGGCGCACCAGCGAGGGCACAGAGUUCCGUUGGGAGCUCCACACCUCGAGCACCGACCUGGACCUCGCGAAGAAGACGAGAUGCAGCUGCCACAGCCUGACCCCGGAGGAGAAGAAGCCGGAGGGUGUGCAACGCGGCGAUCUCAGGAAGCACCACAGCGCGGAGACGGACAAGUGGUCGGUCAGACCGGACCACCUGCUGACGCCGAUGCACGACCUAAGGAAGCACAGCAGCGACGACACGAGAUUCGCGAGGGAGGCCAGGUGGCUGCAGGUGCCGGACGUGAUGCCGAAUCCGAAGCCCAGAUGCACCUGUCCCAAGGUGAAGACACCGGCACCGGCGUCGCCGGAACAGAAAGUGAUGGAGGAGCCGGAGAAAUCGGCCCCGCCGCCGAAAGAGGAGAGAAGACUGUACUACUCCAAGUCGCUGGCACCCGAGGAGUCGGCCACGCCGUGGGAGAAGCCGGAGAUGAAGAGGCAAGCCAGCGAGCAGCCGAAACCCAUGAGAAUCGAGAAGCCCAGGGAGAGACCCAAGCUGGAGCGUUCGGCUCAAGUGCGGAGCGAGAGCUCGAGGAAGUGGGGCCUCAAGGAGAAGAUCGUCAGCCCGGUGGGCGAGAGCAAGAAGCCGAUACGGGCGAGAUGGGCGAUGAAGCCGCACGUUUCCCUGCCCGCCGAGAAGAAGGCGCCGAAGUGGUACCGCAGCCAGGACGAGACGAAGAGCAAGAGCUUGCGCGAACGGCCCAAGUACAGCAUACGGAGGAGCAUGUCGCCGGAGCCGGAUCCGCGGCAGGUAAGCAAGCUCGAGAACAGAAUCGUGCGACGGCUGAUCUCGCCGGAGAUCACCAUCACGAGCACCAAGUGGGCGCCGUACGAGGACUCGUCGCCGUUGCCGACGAUCGGGAUCAAGAAACGCGAGCAGAAGCACAUCAGCGAGAUCAAGUGGACGCCGUACGACGAGUCGCCGAGCGACAUCCCGGUGAUCGACGACACCAAGUGGUCGCCCUUCCAAAACGUCACGCCUACGCACUGCCCGCCACCGGACGCGACGCCCUGCAAGAGCGACGACGAGCAGUUCCGAUGGAGGAUGCUCAAUCUGGUGGCGCCGUUCCCGCUCUACCAGGGUGGCUGGAAAGACGAGUCGCCGGAGAAGACGCCGCCGAAGAAGAUCGCCACGCCGGAGGACCUGUCGCCGCCGGUGUGGUCGCCGAUGGUGCCCGCUACGCCUACCAGCAAGCGAAGGAGUAUCGCGCCCCAGCCGUCGAUGGAGUCGCCGUCGGAGCGCAGGCCGAGCAAGUCCCGGCUCACCCGGAAGGGCGCGUUCAGGGCGAAGUCGAUGGUGCCCACCACUCAUCCCCUGGAGGACAGACUGCCGACGGCGCCGCCGCCGGUGAUCGUACGCGCCGCCAGCGAGGAGACCAAGCGGCAGAGGCCCCAGCUAAUGAGGUCCAAGGCCCUGUUGGACGUGCCGGUGCCGAUCGACGCCACCAAGAGGUCGCUGAGCGAAGAGGGGCCCCGUAUGCGUCCUCGCGAGCGCCCGAGGGCGCCCGGCAGGGCUCGCAGCGAGGAGGUGUCCAAGUACGGCGACCCCUGGUUCGAGUCGCCGGAGCUGCGCGAAUACGUCACCACGGUGUGAUCGUGUCUGGAGACCGACGUUUGGGUACCACGUACCCGGGAAUCUAGACGUUCGGUCUCCAGACGACGCGAUCGACGCGCGACUCUCCGCGCGCGAGACGCGUGAACUCGCCUCGCUCGUUGUUGUGCCGCUUAUCCCGCGACGGGAGAGAUUAUUUUCUAAUAUCCGUUAUUCCGCGCUUUUAUAAAGUUACCGCGUGGACGAGGUCGAAGCGAGAGAAACGACGGCGCCGUCGAGUCGCGGGGAAGCUUCAAGCCGAAGAGACCGGGCGUCCCGCGCGCACCGGAGCGCGAUCGGUCUUUCCACGCAAGGGCCUCACGAAGAGUAACGCACCUUCGAAACCACCUAAGAAACGAGACGGCUGGGCACGAGAGCGAAGAUUCACAGCGGCCGGGUAAAGCAGAUCCUAACACUCGAUCGUCCGCGGAGGCGCUGAAUACACCUCGUUGGCCUAUACGAAGACUACGGAUGGAAAAUACCAGAAACAAAACCAAAAAAAAGAAAAAGAAUACAAAAUUAUAACAAGCUGCAUCACUUCGAACAUUCGGCAUUCGACGAUCAUUCUCACGAGAGGGGAAAACAGAAAGAAAGAAAGAGAGAGAGAGAGAACAAGAGAAAUACAAAGAGACGAGUCUAAGAAACGGACGAAAGUCGAGGCGAGGGGUCAAGGACUGAUUAUUAUUUAAAAAAAAAGAAAAUAGCGUAAUAUAUACGUGUGCGUUUUGUUGCGACCGCGGGGGGGGGGCUGGGGGACGCAGCUGUUCCUCGCCGCGGGUCGCGGCGUCUGAAUGUUCUCAGCUCAACAGGAAAUGUACGGUCACGCGCGACCGGACGUGCACGACUCGGCCGGCGGAUCGCGGCGAGACGGCGGCGAGAGGCCGGCGCGUCAUCGGCCGGGUGCGCGGUGACGAUGAGGCGACAGUUCAUGUAGCACGUUGAUCGACAGCUCUAACGUAAUUAGGUAUAUAACGCUACUGAUUAAAGUACCGACUCUAGCGAUAAUAAUAGGAAUAAUAAUAAUAAUAAUAUAAUAAUAAUAAUAACGACACGGAGUCUAGCGACUGCAGGCGCGACUCGUUGGUUCGAGCGGUGAGCACACUGCUGAGGCAUCGACGACACGCGCAGCUCGCGUCCGCCGAGCGGAUCCGCUCGAUCCCGGACGCGCGCUCGCGCGCGUGAAACACUACAAGUUUAAUUGUGUACGUACGCUGCGCGUAUAUGCGUAAUAUAUAAUAUUUAUAACGUUCGCGAGUAUAACGAUUGUGUAGGAGGAGACGUGAUAAAGAAGAAUAGAAAGAAAAGGGGAAGAGGAAAAAGAGGGAGAGAAAGACGAGGGGUGAAGCGGUAGGAGGGAGUAAAAGAGACGACGAGAGAUGACGAUGAUGGGAGAGAAGAGAGGAGGAAAAGCGCGAGGAUGCGACGACAUCUCGAGCGGUCAUCCAAGGAUCACCUCGUUCCAGGGAAGCAAGCGGAUUCAGAGGUCCGUUCGAUCGAGAGCCGUCGGGGAGCUCGACGAGAUACGACUCUUUGUUACAUUCGUUCUUACCUUUCUUUUUAUACGUGACAUUACACAGCGAGUGUCGCGCGCGUGUAUUCUCGCGAGUGUAUUCUUACUCGCGACACGAUCGAUUUCGUUUACGUACGGGCGACGGUCCAGCGGCCGUGUGACGAAGAAGAAAAAGGAAAAGGAGAACAGCAGCAAGAAGUAGAAGAGGGAAGACGGCUACGCUGGAUAAUACGUCGGCCCCGUGUGUAUGUGUGUGCCGGCGCGUGCAAUAUUAAUUAAAAGCGUCGAAACGUCGGUGGACAACCGCGUGGAGAUGGGGUACUAAGAGGUAGGAAAAAAGAAAGAAAAUGACGCACCGUGAGACAGGUGCGUCCGCGGGGACAUCAGCUGCGCGUAAUUGACCAUUGUUUCCCUUCCGCCCUCUCGGUGGCGACGGUCGUCAGUCGUUUUCGAACGACCCCGUGUCUCGUUGCCGCUAUCGCGUCGCCAUUAAUCGCGCGCGCUGCCGUUCGUUACGUUUCCGAUUCCGUCGCGCGUUUUCAUGCACCCUCCACAGCCCUGUCGGAGUAACGCGCUCAUCCGUGUGAUCAUCUUUCCCCGUGCGUGUGUUUUUGCGAGAACGACCACAGCAGGACGCGGCGUCAUUAUCAGUAAUGUACCUUACCGGGCUGAUAACAGCGACGGGGGCAGCAUCCUCGUUGCUUAAGUACGACGUCGUAAGCCGGUGAUUAGCGUUAACUACCGGGAGGACAGAGGUCGCGCGCGUCGGUUACAGGCGAGUGCACUCGAGCGACAGACGCCGGCGAGAGUAGCCGGCGAUGAUUACAGCCCGACACCUCGGCUACCUUCCUUCCUGCCUGCCCGCGUAGCCGGCUGCGCUCGUGGCCCGAUCUCGUGGCCGCGUGAACGAUCUCGCCGUCGGGCAUAAUCGCGUAAUCUCUUUUAGGAUAGCUCCGCAAUUAGCGCGCGAACGCCCUCGUUCCAGAGACGCGCGAGUCUCCUCGCGCAGCUUCGUGUACUUACCGCUCUCUCUCUCUCUCUCUCUCUUCCUUCGGUCCGCGCCAGCAGUUCAUUCUUUCUCCCUCUGGUUUCUCAUCGGUCGUCUGUAAUCCCGCCGGCGAUAUCGAUUAGCGAUAUUUACUUAGCACGUACGCGUACGUAGUAGACGUUAAUUACUCGAGUACUCGAAGUAUCCACACGGCGAGCAGCAGGCCGUUCGUGGUUUCGUGACUUCGGACUCACCACGAGAUCGGGCGUCCCGAACGUACUUCAAACGCAUCCCCUUCGGGUGGAGGGGGGGGACGCGAUCUCGCGAAACGCGAGAGUCACGAAGCACCGAAGUGGCGAAAGGGAGCGAGAGGAAUGCCGCCGAGGCGAAGGACAGAAAACAAUGUUUCUCUCUCUCUCUCUCUUCGGCCCGCCGGAAAGUCGAGUGCUAGCGCGGUGCCAGCGAGCCGCACUCGGCCGCGACUUUGGCGCGGUUUCGCGAAGGCAGGCGCGCGGGAUCGCGGAUUCCCCGAGCGGAAGAGGUGACGCGAUGCAUUCGAGCGAACGCGCAACUCGUCCGCGCCACUGUCCGCCGCCGACCUCCCGCGAGAGGGCUCUCGCGAAUGGGCUGUCAUCGCGAGGAUCAGAGUCCCUCAAAUAAGAGUCUAGCCAUCUCGCGACUUUUUCACCAAAAAUGGUGUCUGGUUUGUGACUGGAAUGCCUUUAUCUGUGUGAAUAGCGUUGGCAAUAUUUCGAGACAUAUUUCGCUGUAGACACAUAUACGUUAUCUAUCUCAUUUUGUACAUAAUAUUAUUUAUAUAAAAAGAGAUUUUCUAAUUUUUUAUAAAUCGAUCUUACCAACAACGCUUAGUUACAAAUAAAGUCGAUUUAUUCGACAAUUUUCGACAAGUCCCGUUUCGUCAAGUCACUUUUUGACCAAAUAAGGAACUAGAUCGAUCAGUGAAAAAUCGGAGAUGGCGGGAUUCUCGCGUGAGGGACUCUAACGAGGACGCGUGGCGCGCGCUUCAUUCAUUUCCGGCCGCUUCCAUUGACGACGACUCCGCGAGAUCGGCGACCCCCGGGAGAUCGGCCGCGCGACGAUUAGCGAUCCGUCCGACGGUCGUUGCAUUCAUCAUGCAUCGAAGUCGCCGAUGCCCUUAUCUCAACCUUCUCCGACGCUCUCCAGGCAGCGAUUGCACCGACGCGAUUUAAUUUACGGCAAUGGAAUCUCCGAUACCGGGAUCUUCGCGCGCGGAGGCACGAACGUUACUAUUACGUGUGAUAUAUACGUGUGACUAUUUUCGAGAGUCUGGCUGCUUUUCCGUGUGUGUGUGUGUGUGUUUUCGAUACAUGUGUGCGCGCGCGCGCGCGCGCGUGAGUGCGUACAUGCGGAAGAAUUGUUGGUAUAAAGACGCACUCCGAUGGCGUCUUGACAGCUGCGUUCAGGAAACACAACGGUUGAGUGAGCGCUCGUUACCAUUGGAAUGUUCCUUUAAAUCUACCGGGGAUCUCCAAAGGGACAUUUCAAUCAAAAGCGAUAAUUACUCAACGGUUACACGGCUGUUUCCAAGCAACUCAUAAGAACGUCUAAAGAACGUCUCUUAGACGUCUUAUUUGAUAAAAGACGUCUUUGCGACGUCUUGGUAUUACUUGAGUUGUGUCUUCCGAACGCACAUGAUGAGAAGAUACAGAUCGAACUGCUUUUUAGCGUCAUUACGCGAGAAAACGCGCACCGAGCGUCGUGAGUACGCGUAAAUGUCGGAAGCACUUGAAGUUACCUCGAGGUACAUCGAGUGUAUUUCGGACGCGUUUAGGACUUUCGUUGGUUUUCAUACUCGAUUUCUCGCGUCGUGUGAGCGGAGUCGCGACCAAUCCGAGAUGUUACGAAGAGAGAGAGAGAGAGAGAGAUGUUCUCCGUCGGCGCAUCUCUCGCGCAUUAGAAAAUUUAACAUUAACGUUAACGGUACCGCGGGUGCAACGCUGACGAGACAUCGAGAGGUCGCGCACGAUCACGCGAGGUCACCGCGCCCGUGUGUCGAAUUACACGUACACGAAUUACGCGUGCAUUUUACCGAGUUACAUAGCGAUUUGUUUCUCCACGAACCACAUACAUAUACAUAUAGAUAUGAGAAAAAUAUAAAUAUAUAUAUAUAU